AUGGCCAAGAAGGAUAAAAAAUCCAAGGAAGCCAAAAAGUUAAGGUCGGCAGAAAAACAAAAGAAAAACGAUGCAAAAGCAGAAACCAAGAAUAAAAAAUUAGCUAAAAAAUUAGGUGGUGAAGAAGAAGAAGAUGAUGAUAUUGAUACAAUAUUAGCAAAUUAUCAAAAAGAACAAGAAGAAUUUAAUGAAGUAAAAAUUGAAAUACUAGAAAAACAUCCAGCAAAGAGAUUAAACCCAACAAUGAUCUCAAACCCUUUACAUACCAAAAAGGAAAUCUUACUAUUUGGUGGUGAAACUGUUUUAGAAGGUAAUAAUAAUGCACAUUUUUAUAAUGAUUUAUUCACAUAUUCAACAGAAAACGAUAUAUGGAGAAAAAUAAUAUCAAAAAACUCCCCCUUGCCUAGAUCAUCUCAUGCAAUGUGUUCACAUCCAUCAGGUAUUGCAUUAUUAUUUGGAGGAGAAUUUUCAUCACCUAAACAAUCAACAUUUUAUCAUUAUGGAGAUACUUGGAUAUUAGAUUGUGAUUCAAAGGAAUGGCAAAAAUUAGAUUUGAAAAAAUCACCAUCAGCUAGAUCAGGUCAUAGAUUAAUUGUUUGGAAAAAUUUUAUAAUCUUACAUGGUGGAUUUAGAGAUUUAGGAACUUUUACUACUUAUUUAAAUGAUUUAUGGGUAUUUGAUGUUACUGAUUUUAAAUGGUAUCAAGUUGAAUUCCCGCCUACUCAUCCUAUACCAGAUGCAAGAUCUGGUCAUUCAUUUAUACCAUGUAAUGAAGGUGGUGUAAUUUAUGGAGGUUAUACAAAAGUAAAAGCAAGAAAAGGUUUACAAAAGGGGAAAGUACUAAAUGAUUGUUGGAUAUUAAAAAUGAAAAGUGAUUUAAAAAGUAUAAAGUUCGAGAGAAGGAAAAAACAAGGUCAAUUACCAAGUCCAAGAGUUGGUUGUUCUUUAGUUUACCAUAAAAAUAGAGGUAUAUUAUUUGGAGGAGUUUAUGAUUAUGAAGAAAGUGAAGAACAAUUAGAUUCUGAAUUUUAUAAUCAAUUAUAUUCUUAUCAUAUUGAAAAUAAUAGGUGGUAUAAUUUAACUUUAAGACCAUUAAGAAAUAAAAAGAAAGAAGUCAUAAAGGAAAAAACUAGAGAUGAAGAUUUAGAAGAUAUUUUGAAUUCUAUUUUACAGAAAGCAAAUUUAAAUGAUGAGGAAGAAGAUAAAAAAGAACUAGAAGAGAUUCAAAAAUCAAAAGAACUCGAGGAUCAAGAAGAAGAAGAAGACCAAAAACAAAUGAUAGAAUACCCCGUACUGAAUCAAUUACCACAUCCAAGAUUUAAUGCUACAACAUGUGUAGUAGAUGAUCAAUUAUAUAUAUUUGGAGGUAUAUUUGAAAGAGGAGAUCAAGAAUUUAAUUUAAAUUCAUUCUAUUCAAUUGAUUUAGGUAGAUUAGAUGGUGUAAAAGUAUUUUGGGAAGAUUUAUCUGAAUUAGAAAAAGCUAUAGAAGAUUCAGAUGAAGAAGAUGAUGAUGAUGAUGAAGAUGAAUAUGAAGAUGACGAUGAACAUGCAGAAAAUGGUCAUGAUGAAGAUGAAGAAGAAGAAUCAGAAUCAGAAGAAGAAGUACCUGAGGAAGAAGAAGAAGAAGAAGAAUUCCCCGAUCAAAGACCAUGGUUGCCCCAUCCAAAACCUUUUGAAUCAUUACGUGCUUUCUAUAUUCGUACAGGUGCACAAUUUUUAGAAUGGUCAAUAUCAUCACAUAGAGACGCUAGAGGUAAAUAUUUAAAGAAAAUAGCAUUUGAUUUAUGUGAAGAUAGAUUUUGGGAAAGAAGAGAAGCUAUUAGUGUUGCUGAAGAUAAUCUAGAAGAAAUGGGAGGUGUUGGUGAAGUUAUUGAAAAAGAUAAUACUAAAGUUACUAAAAGAAGGUAA